GGCAACUAUACAUCACGUCGUCUGUUCGGUAGAGGCCUGUCACUGGGUUUGUUUACUUCCUGCCCACGGCCCUCCUUGUUGUAUGUCGAUGAAAACUAAUAGCAUGGAAAUAUAUGGAAGCAGGUCCUGUUGGGAGAGUGCAGUAGGGAGCUCCUUCACAAAAAGUCAUCCUAAUCUAGAUUUGUCUGUUCAAGGUGCACAUACUACAACUUGCAUUAUAGAGACAUGUUUACAAUCAAGGGUGGAGGCAACAAAGAGGUCCAUGGGGACUGGUCUCAGCUAUAUCCUGUGCACAGAACCUUUAGAAUAUAAGACUGAGAAUGAGAACCAUACCACUCCUACAAAAAGUGAGCAUUUGCAAGAAACUGGCAACUGCACCCUGUUUAAAGGCAAUAGUGAAUUACUGAUUUGUGGGUGCUUGUUGAAACAGAUGCCCAAAAGGUUCUUCCCCUACCCUUGAUAGUUUAUAUUGAAAUUUUGUUUCCUUAUGAUGGGACCCUAAGAUAAGUAAAAAAUUGUUCAUUCUGAUGUAACAGCUGUGAAUAUUCUUGUGGAGUGACAAAUGGUGAUUAUGGAGUGACUAAUGGUGAUUAGGAAGAUGAGUCACAUUCUGAAUUGAGUGAAGGCAGGAACUUUGAGUUGUUAGACUGCAAAAAUGAGAGAAGUCCUGUAUGUCCCUAUCCUGCCUCAUUUCUCAGCAGGUAUCUUGUUAUGAUAAGAGCAAAAGCACAACAGAAUUUGCUCUGAUAAGAUGGGAUUACAAUCACGUACCUCAUAGACAUUCCAGCUGAAACUUUGGGAGGCUUUGGGAGCACUGGAUAGGUUUGAGUAACUAGAGGUAUGUAGAUUUCAACAGAUGAGUAAAAAAUUCAUCAGGGCACUUUGGAAGUAAAACAAAAAAAUUUUAAUUACAUGAUCUCCCCUUGUUUUUUGUGUCUCUUACAUAAAGAUCAUGUCAGUUUUUAAAACAUGAGGACUAAUCACAGGAAUCUAACAGCAAGAUGGCACAUGCUGCGCCUUGUGAAACAAUCCAGAGAUGACCCUCAGGCUCUGUUGAAUGCUAAGCAGUUUGAGUUCUUAUCUACUGUAUAUUGAUCAGUCCUUGUUGGUAUUGUCAUCAGAGUAGUUUACCAAGAAAACUGAGUCCCCUAACUAUCCUUGUUUGUUGUUGUAGAUUAAGCUGACCUUAUGCCAGCACGGGCUCUUGCUCAUAGAGUAGCCCGUAAGGUAGCUAUCCUUCAUAAGGCUGACCUGAAGUGCUUUUUCUCGAACUGGGGACAAAGAUUGGUGGACAGUAAGUAUGAGGAAGUUUGGGAACUUGAUGGAAAAAAAAACAAGGAGUAAGAUAAGAAACUUAAAGGACUCAAAGCAAUGUACCUUAUGUCAAAGUUUCACAGCAAAGAACUUUCAGUGUGGCCUAUAGUUCAAUGGAAAUUCCUUUGUAUUCAGUCUGUUGUCAGCUCAGUAGUGCAAGGGCUGAAAGCAGUUUCUGUUUAACUAGACACUGCUAAAAUGUGUAACGAGGAUAUGAACCUCGUUAUUCAUUUGGUAAACGUGUAACUCCGAGUGUCAGGCAAACCAACACACAAAUCUCUCUCUCUCUCUCUCUCUCUAAGCAACCAGCAGCCCGUGACUCUUCUUUCUCUCUCUCUCUCCAAGCAAUACCUCUCUCUCUCUCUCUCUCUCUCUCUCUCUCUCUCUCUCUCUCUCUCUCUCUCUCUCCACUCUAACAGGUAAUCAAAAUGAGAGUGUUGCAUUAUAAAAAAUACAUUUAUUUAACAACAAAAGAUAGUAAAUCAAUCAGGUCUCACAGACUAACUUAAUUCAGAUAAACCCCCAAUACUAAAAUGUCUAAACAGUAAUCAGUCACACCAAAUGUCUAUUCUCCAAUCUGGGACUCCCUGUCCCAUUAGGACUCUUGGUCCCCACAUAGUUCCGCCAGAACUGUCUGUUUCAAAGACAUGAAAACCACUCAUAAGUACACAUAAGUAUAACAACGAAGAUUAAAGAUUGGAUAUUCUCAUAGAUGUUAAACAGACAACAAGCCCCUCUUUGGCUAAAAUAGUAUAAGACUCACCCAUGCAGCCGGAAUCACACACAAAUUACAGACAAACUUUUGCAGAGCUUCCUCGGCAUCCUGCCUUUCUUCCAAAGACGCCUUUAUACCAAGUCCCUCAUAGACUUGGGUUAUGAUACAUUUUAAAAGGAAGAGGCGCAUACGCACAUAUAAACACACACUUCGUUAACGCCUCAUAUUACUGGCUACAACCAGUUUCCCAAAGGCACUUUAAAAAGAGCCCAUGAACUGAGGUACAUUGACUCUUCUAACUAUGUAGACAGAAACCAUUUAUCAGCUUUUCUCAGGUCGUUGCUUCGGCUCUGUUCUCCAAUAAGAUCACAACAAACAUAUUGGCAAUAUAUCAUUAAUUAUAACCCUAGGCCUUACAAAUGUCUUACUGUUUCAACUCAUGCUGAUGUAGGGAAACACUUAUAAUGACUAAGAUACUUUUAAGAUGAAACUAAAAUGAAGACGCAGUUAUCUGGAACAAGAAGAAAAGCCCAUUAUUGAAAUUACCUGAGAAUUUUACUGCAAACGGGAACAUCAAGGAAAGGAGAGAAAAUUGUCAACACGGGAAGAGGAAUAUAUUCAAAUUAAUCUGAAAUAACAAAAAUCAAAGUAAAUAAUCAAAACUUCAUGUGAGGAAACAUCUUGGAAGGAAGAUUCCAGAGAAAUGGAAGUAGCUCUACUACCUUCUUUGAAAUGAUAAGCACCAGAACCUACAACACUGCCAGGCUGCUUGAGUUGGUAUGACAAUAUGACAGCUUGACAUCUCGUCAGGAUUAUGCUACAGAUAUACCUUGGUGGGUAUAGUAUUUCCCUUCCGUGCAAACUCGUCAAUGUAAGGGGAAUGUGACAACAGUCCGAUUGGGCACCUGUUGGCUGGGGUGAAGCUUUGGGGUGUCAGGUAGUACCCUACAUUGAUGCCAUCCUGUUUUCCAAAGUCUCCUGCCCAUACAAGAAGCAUCGCGUGAAUUAAACCCUUGGACAUGUAUUUGGUCUUCCUGCUUUUUAAGGGAGCUUUUGGUGACCAGUUACAAUGAAGUCUACUUGAAACAAGGACUCCUGCGUAGUGGUGAUGUGGUUGACAUUUAAGUAAACUAAAAAUGUCUAAACAUUAGUGAUAUUUCAUUUUCAUUCAUUCAAAUCUUUUAAUUUUAAUCUCUAUUUUAAGAAGGUUUACAUAAGAAGCAAACAUUAUUUGUAACUAAGGUAAUGUAGGAUAUACAAAAGCUAAGGUAAUGAAGAAGCAAUCAUUAUUUUGACUUGCAUUAAGUAAGUGACAAUAUUCACAUAGAUGUUGUGAGCUAGAUAUAGACCUAGUAUUGUACUUUUGUUGGCUUCAAAUGGCUUUCAGAUGUUCAACUGAUGAAAUGGUAUAAAUAGACUUCAGGUUUAUUACUGUGUAAAUCACACAGAUUAAUACAGCAUCAUCUAAUUCUAAUGUCUUUUUGAGAAAGACAUAAAACCAGUUCAUAUUCAGAGUAAAUUAGUCAUUAUCUGCUUGAAAAGUAGUGAAGUACUUUGUUAGGUAGCCUUUUGACAAGGUAAAUAUGUCUCAAGUUAGUCAAGUAGAACUUGGAAAAGCUCAAAGUUACAGGAGUGACAGGAAUUUUCUAUAGAAAAGAUCACAAAGUUACAGGAAUGACAAGAAUUUUUCUAGUCGUCUGUGUCCAAGAUCAUAUCUGGUUCUGUGAUUUAAACACAUUUGUGAAUUUCAAGUAAGUAGUAGCUCUACCAGUAAGGUAAAA